AUGGCCUGCUUGACAGCAACAGCGGUGUUGUUGCUGGCUUUUCCAUUUGUUGAGGGUGAUGCAGGUUGCGCUGGUGACCCAUCCCGGAGCCGUGGUUUGUUACAAGUUGGCAUGAGGAGCGACACCUUCCUGACAGAUUCUGAUUGGUUCCUCGGGGCCACUGGGCAGAGCUGUAGCGACGUUUGCAGCGCCGCUGGCAAGUUCUGCCACGAGUCCGGCAUGUAUGAUGUCGACACCAAAGAAGAGAUGUUGGCUGCCGCUCGGAAAGUGGGCUACAACUGCACCAAGUUGUAUGGCUGGGCCUACGACAACAACCCGGGGAUUUGUGUGGAUUCUAGCUGCUGUGGCGGCAGCUGCAUCGGUCUCUGUGCAUUUGGCACGACCAAGGUUCGCACCUGCAAGGGGACGAGCCACUAUGCGAGGCUUUGUGAGUGCUUCGCGCAUGCAGAGGCCACCAGCACCACCACCCCAGCUGUGCUCUCGCCCCCGAAAGCCAAGCCUCCUGGAUUUGCACGCAGCCUCUUCCUCCUGCCGCGCGACGUGGAGCUGAUGCUGCUACUUGCCACUAUCCCCGCAGCCUCCAAAACGGCUGGCGAGCCGGCGCUGUUGGUGAUGCCGCAAAGUGGGAAUGAUGAGACGGCCUUCCUGGACUUUGUUGAGCAGUAUCGCCCCGAGGAGACCUACGCGACUGGUGGUCUGAGUCUGGGCAGUCUGGAAGCGACGCUGGGAGAUGUGAAUGUUGUGGGAGGUGGCACACCUUGCGAGGCCUCAGAAGCCCUCGCCCGCAAGUUCUGGUCUCAGGCUUCGCAGCUGGUGGUGGCUCGGUGCGACGACUAUACCUCUGCGCUUAUGGCUGCCCCUCUGGCUGCCAAGAAGUCUUCGCCGCUGGUCCUGCUUAGCCAUACAGUGGAUCUGGUGAACUUGGCUGGCGAACUCAAGGUGCAGAGCCUGGUCUUCGUGGGCUCGGGUUCGGGCCCCGAAGCACCAGGCCUGCAGCAGAUUCACCUGCAGACUGCGGAGGACGUCUUCGAUGCGCUGGGGAAGCCUGACUACCUUGCCGUCACCAACCCUGCCGAUCGAGAGCUGCAAGCCUACCGUGCCACGUCAGCUCUGGCCCCGCUCCUUGCGGCGCUCCGAGGAGGGGCUGUGCUUCCGCUCUCGGCCCAAUUCCACAGCCAACGCUACAAAAUCUCCUUUUCGGAUAUCCCCUUGUCGGACACCACCACCACAACCACACAGACUUUGCCGGACCCAACCUCGAUAUGUGAGAAACAGUGCGAGGAGGAUGGCUUUUGCUGUGGUUGGAACAGUGGCUGUGGGCGCCCUAGCUGCGUGCUCGGAUGUCACAUUGCCACAGAGUCCGCCGACGUCACCGUCUGCCAGGAGACCUGUCGGUCCCUGCGUGAUGGACAGGGCUGUUUCCCUACGGUUGCGGGUCGAUGGGCCAAUGUGUGCUCUUCCUGCCAGGGCUCCUGUUCUGGUCACUGCGAGGGCGAAGGCGGAUGUGAACAUGCCUGCUCCUUGAUGGCUUAUGCCGCAACAACGACAACCACUGUUGUGGUGGCGAAUUGGGAGAUUGCCCGUUGCCGCAUGAAGUGUGCAUCGGAUGGCUAUUGCUGCGACCGCGACAGUGGCUGUGCGGCCCCGAGCUGCAAGCUGGGCUGUGAGGUUGCAUCAGUUUCACCAACUGCUGUGACAUGCAAGGAACGCUGCCAAGCAUUGACAGGGCACUGCUUUGUCGACCCUGUCAACAACAGCCUCGGUGACGUCGCGUUGUGUGGCUCAUGCAGUGCCAUGUGUGGCGGACAUUGUGAGGCGGCUGGUGGCUGUGAGUAUGCGUGUGACUUUGUGAGCUACUAG